UAGUUGUCACCUCAACAGCAUAAUUUGGAAAGGGGCAUAUUCCAAAACCUGAUUAAGCGAAAGCGAAACCAACACGAAAUCAAACACACCAAAUGACGGAAAACCCCACCCCUAAUCGCCAAAAUUUCCUGCAUAUCUCACCAUGAUUUUCGUAAAUAAUUGCAAUCCCAGGGUAUUCGGAUAAGGAAACCCAUUCUGCAUAUGACUCUUUUGAGGGUAAAACCUUAGCCCUUACUUUCCCACGCUUUUUAACUUCUUUCCAAAUAGAAGAUAAAGGUUCAGAUACGCUGUCGUUUUUCUGGCCGUGCUUCCGCUCAUCGCCGUCGCACGGUUGCCGGGAAGCUAAAGCUCGAUUCUUUUUUCAUCUUGAAGCUCUGGGUUUUCUUGCCUGAUCGUCUUUUCCCAGAGAAUGGCUGGUGUUGGCUGGGCGAAAGUUGCAAUCUUGGUUUUGUUAUCAUCAGCGUUGUGUUCUGCAAGAGGUAGUUAUUCGUAAAGUUUGAUGAUCUAUGUAUAGUUUAUAGAUGUUAUCGCUUGUUUGAAACUGAUGAUGAUAAUGUCUGGGUGGGAUUUAAAUUUACUGGGUUUUUUAAGGUUAUUUUAAUUAUAUUUCAUAUGUUAGCAGUUUGCAUAACUUGGACACAUUUACCUAAGGAGAUAGUUUAGUUUGUAUGUAAGGCAUGUUGGCUUUGCUAGAUUGGUGAAAUUUUGAACUAUUCGUGAAGAUAUUUCAAAGGAAAGGUUUGUUCUGUUGCUGAGAUUGUGUAAAGAAUCUGUAUAAUUGAGGGUUAUUUAAUUAAGAGAAUAGAUUUACAAGGUUUAUUGAUACGCUAAAGUUUCUAAGACUUGGACUAGUUUUAGGCUUAUCAACUGGAGAUAUAUUCAAACUCUAGUUUUCUGAUUAGUCUCUCUUUUCUACUUCCACCUCAAUUUCCUUUUUGCAACUUAUUCACAAUUUUUUCUGUUUGGUUGAAACUUCCUCAAAAUUUGUAUUUCCUGGUGGAUCAGAGCUCAAAGUGACAGUCAAGCAUAAGGAGCAUCCAGAGUUUAAUCACACACUUGCAAGAACGUUGGUGGAAUAUGCUUCUGCUGUUUACAUGUCCGAUACAACAGAAUUAUUUACCUGGACAUGCACACGAUGCAAUGAUCUUACCGAGGGAUUCGAAAUGAUAGAGCUAAUUAUUGAUGUCAAGCGCUGCCUCCAGGCAUUUGUUGGGGUUGCUGAUGAUCUCAAUGCCUUUGUGAUUGCAUUCAGAGGCACUCAGGAAAAAAGCCUACAGAAUUGGGUUGAAGAUUUAUAUUGGAAGCAACUUGACAUAGAUUACCCCGGGAUAGAUAAUGCAAUGGUACACCAUGGUUUUUAUACUGCAUAUCACAACACAACUCUACGUCCAGGAAUCUUGAGUGCACUUGAAAGAGGAAAAGAGCUGUUUGGUGAUCUUAAAAUUAUGGUUACUGGGCAUUCUAUGGGAGGGGCUAUGGCAGCUUUUUGUGCAUUGGAUCUUGUUGUCAAUACUGGAGCAAAGGACGUCCAGGUUGUGACAUUUGGACAACCUCGUAUUGGCAAUGCAGCUUUUGCUUCCUACUAUAGUCAAAUGGUUCCGUAUACAUUCCGGAUUACGCAUGAGCAUGAUAUUGUCCCUCAUUUGCCUCCUUACUACCAACAUUUUCCUCAGAAGACAUAUCGCCACUUCCCCCGAGAGAUCUGGCUUUAUAACCUUGGGUUUGGAAGUUUAGUCUAUACAGUUGAGAGGGUUUGUGAUGGAUCCGGUGAAGACCCUGAUUGUAGCAGGGGAGUGCCUGGGAACAGCAUUCUCGACCACUUGGUGUAUUAUGGUGUCCAAAUGGGAUGCCCAGGAGCAGAAAGCUCGUGCAAAAUAAUAAUGGAUCCAAAAACUGCUGCAUAUAGGACUGCUGAUCUUGAAGGGAACCUUGUAUUCUCCCGGAUUCCUUCCACUAAGAUUCUGAGAAAGAACUCAGAAUCUGGCGAUCAAGUUGAUGUGAUGUAAAUAAAAACUCUGCCAUGGACUAGGCAUUUGGUCUUUCUAUCUUCGGCAUUUUCUCUAGGGUCGUUCUGAAGAAUUUAUAGGACGGCCAAAGAUCCUCCCACUGGCAUUGUCUGGAAGGAAGUGCCACUGUAAAAUAUUGUACAUAGUCAUUCCAAGUCUUUUAGUUUGGAAGGGGAAAGCUUAGUACUCAAGGAAGUUGAUGCAUUUAUGCAUGUUAAUAAUAUCAAUUAUUCAUUUGUUUAAUCAUUCUCUUUUGAGCCCCGCUUUCGCCAUUGCAGCGCAUACUGAAGCUAGUUUUUUUCGUGUUAGGCUGUUCAUUAAACCUAACUGGAACCAGUAAUAUCUGUUCUGUCAGUAGCUUGUCUCACCUUGUGAACCAGG